AAGACAGCGCCAAGGGGGCGAGCGAUCCGACGCUCCUCCAAGAUCGAAACUUCGGGGCCGGACCGAGAGCGAGAGAGGGGUAAAGAAAAAAAAAAAAGGAGAAGAAAAGCGAGCGCUCGCAGUGGCGGUCGCGAGGGCAGAGGAGAGAGAAGGCCAUCCUUUCCCCCAAAUCCAAUGCCCUAAACCCUCCACAAGAAUCCUCAUUCCCUGGAGAGAGAGAGAGAGAGAGAGAGAGAGAGAGAGAGGAAGGGGAGAGGGUGGAGAGAGAGAGAUAGUGGGAGGAGGGGGAGAGGAGGGCGAGAGGAUGGAGGAGGUGGUGGUGCACAUCUACGACGUGACGAACAGCGGCUCGGAGAAGACCAACAACACCAUCCUCCAGAUCAAUCGGAUCUUCAAGGACGGCAUUGGCCUUGGCGGCAUCUUCCACAGCGCCGUCCAGGUUUAUGGAGAUGAAGAAUGGUCAUUUGGGUUUUGUGAAUAUGGCAGUGGAGUUUUUAGCUGUCCACCUCGUAGAAAUCCUAUGUAUACCUACCGUGAAUCCAUUGUCCUUGGAAAGACAAACUGUUCAGUUUUCAUGGUAAAUCAGAUUUUGAGGGAACUCAGCAGAGCAUGGCCUGGAAGCUCAUAUGACCUGCUAUCAAGAAACUGCAAUCACUUUUGCGAUUCUUUCUGUGAAUUGCUUGGUGUACCAAAACUUCCAGGAGGCUGGUAUAUGGCUGGUGAUAGUUGCAUCUCAAGUAUGCAAGUCCAGAGACCUUGUGCACCACUAGGGGCUCAAAAUACUCAAAGGACAUGUCACAGUCAUGCAUCUGUUACCCAGCUGAGACAAGCAAGAACAGAAAUUGUGAAUGCUAGCAAAGUGGCUUACAGAUUCAUCACUGGUGUGGCCUCAAAUACACCAGCCACACCUGAGACUCCAAGCAAUUCAAGCAAUGCGAAUCCGUGUCCCCGGAGCACAUGGUUCACUAAUCUCAUGAACAGCGUUGGAGCCAAGCCAUCAAGUAGUACUUUGGAGUACCCUGAGGACUCUUCGUCCUCGGAGUCUGAAGAGCCUUUGGAGUCGGAAGAUGAACAUUUUCACCAGCAGCAGAAAACACGGAACAAAUGAACUUAGACUGAAGCACGACAUGUGAGGAGAGGGUUUGACUGCGAUAUGCAUCAAUUGUGAAAAUUUUUCAGAACCAAGACAUAUUGCUUGUUCAUCAAGAUGAAAAUCUUUUUGCCUUUAAACUGAUUUACAUGGCUACUUUAACCAAAAGUACAGUUGUUCCAACAAACUACCUUAACACGAGUUUCAUUCAGAUGCAUCAUUUUUGAUAA